AUGAAGUCCACAAUCAUCUCCCCACCUCCAGGAAGGUUUGUGAAGGAAGAUCUUUUUCUCCACAGACAGAAGUGGACUAAAGAGCACAGAAAUGCUAAGAUCAAUGAUGUUCUCCUCCUGAAGGAUGGACGCAACCAGUGGAAGUUGGCAAGGAUCAUUGAAGUGUACCCUGGAAAGGAUGGAAGAGUGAGGAAGGCUAUUAAGCAGAUGUAUGUGCUCGCGCUGGGCCUCGAUGUUCUUGGAAACCAAUUUGGACUGAUCAGAGGAUUGUCAGAAGGGGUGGAGGCUUUCUUCUAUGAGCCCUAUCAGGGAGCCAUCCAGGGCCCUGAGGAGUUUGUUGAAGGAAUGACUCUUGGGGUUAAGGCGCUGGUGGGAGGAGCUUACCGCUCACCGCUUGUCUGCAGGCUUUAUUUAAAUGGAAAACUUCCACAACAAUCCCACAACAUGUUCCAGUCUCGUUACAGGGAAGCCAAUUUGCAGAUACUGAUUCACUGUUUUUGCUGUGGUAGCUCAUCCUUCCUUUACUUUCAUAUACAGUUUUUGACAGACAGUGACAUAUUUUUAAAUGUUGUUGUUUGGUCAGAUAUUUUUCUAGUCUCUUUCUUUUUUCAGAAAAUUGAGAAUGGACGUUUUGCCAGCUACAGGUACUUUGCUCAUGCUAAAGUCAAUGAAUCUGACUUCCUCAUGAUCACCAAGAGGGGAAUAUUUUUUGUGACCAAAGGCACUUUUGGUCAGCUGACCUGUGAGUGGCAGUAUCUGUUUGAAGAGUUCACCAAGGAUCCAACCAUUAUAGAGGACCGCCGACUUCGCAUUGAGGCCAAGGAGAGAGUGAAGUCAGUCUUUCAUGCCAAAGAGUUUGGGAAGAUAAUAAACUUCAAAACUCCAGAGAUAGCCAAAUGGGUUCUUGCCAAAUUGGAGGAUGCAAGAGAGAGUUUACCUAAGUACUGACUCUGAAGAGCGAGAAACGCAUUUUGACAUUAGACAGUAGACAUUUUGCCUACCAUAGCUUUAUAGAUUCAGUUUAACUUUCAUUUCUGGAUGUAAAGGAGGAUUUGGGUGUAGAAAUGUCAAUCUUAAUAGCGACUGAUAGG